UCUUCCGGUAGGGAGGAAGAGUUGUCCAGGAAGCCAGCGCGCUAUGCAGCUUAGGCUCGGCUUGUUGCGAGUUCUGCUCGGCGUCUUCUUUGCGCUCACCGGGGCUGCCAAGCUCUUUCAGGUCUCGGCCCCUGUGUCACAACAGAUGAAAGCCUUGUUCGAGCAGUUUGCUGAGGUGUUCCCAUUGAAGGUGUUCGGCUACCAGCCAGAUCCUAUAAGCUACCAAACAGCUGUGGGCUGGCUGGAACUGCUGGCUGGGGUGCUGCUGGUCGUGGGUCCACCUGUGCUCCAAGAGAUCAGUAAUGUGCUCUUGAUCCUACUCAUGAUGGGGGCUGUCUUCACUUUGGUGGUUCUGAAAGAGUCACUGAGUACUUAUAUCCCAGCUGUUACCUGUCUGGGGCUCCUGCUGCUGCUGGAUUCCUGCCACUUCUUAGCUCGGACUAAGGGAGCCGUCAGAUGCCCUAGCAAGAAGAUCCCUCGUGCCCCUAGCAAGAAGACUCCUCGUGCACGUGGAAACCCUGAGAACUGAGUCUUCAUGCCACGCAGGAGCAGUCACAGCACACUGUCUACCACUUUGUGAGACCCACAGUCUUUCAAUGUAAAAGGGAUAGCUUGUCUAGGCUUCAGUCUCCCUAAUAACCAUGUUGCUCUGCUUUGAGGGCAGUGUUAACAUUCUUCAUGUCACGUGAAAACAGGAAGGAAGCAGGAGGGAAGCUAAAACCACUCCAAAUUCUAAUACUCCGUGAAUAAUCAGCUUAGUUUUUUGGUGUGACUGUGCCUCUUGACCUUUUUCUAUGAUUAUAUAUAAUAUGCAUUUUUUUUAAUGAAAUGAGACAGUGUAGCCUAUUGCCCACCAUUAAGAUCCAGAGUUUUUUUUUUUUUGUUUUUUUGUUUUUUUUUAAAGAUUUACUUAUUAUUAUAUGUAAGUACACUUUAGCUGACUUCAGACACACCAGAAG